CCCGUAGAAGCCUUCCGGUGUUGCCGCAACCACGAUUUGAGAGGAGGAGGUGGAACUGCGGCGGGGGGAGGCAGCCGUAGCGGAGGGUGCCUGGACGACGGCGAGGGCGAGGUGGUCGAGGGUGAGGGAGAGAGAGAGAAGGCGAGACUACGAAUUGACCGAUUUUCGAAAGAGUCAGAAAUAAGUAAUUGCAGGUGCCGCAAUAGGGGGUGUAUCCGAUCGAUUUCAUCUCCGGCAAAAUUAGCGACGACGACGCCUUCCGGUGUUGCUGCAGCCAUGAUUUGAGAGGAGGAGGUGGAACUGCGGCGUGGGGAAGCAGCCGUAGCGGAGGGUGCCUGGACGACGAUGAUGGCGAGGGGGAGGUGGUCAAUGGAGGGGUCGAGGGUGAGGGAGAGGGAGAGGGAGAGGAGGCGAGACGACGACUUGACGGUGAGCAGCAGCGGCAGAACACCGGGAGUCGGAAGCCGGCAUGUUUCCGUCAAAUUUUUGAAUUUCCGUCAAAUUUUUGAUGGAAUCGUCCAAAAUGGACCAAAUGUGACCCGUUUUUAUUUGUGAGAGACCGAAUAAUUCAAAAGAUAAUAUUUUGGACCAAAAUAAAAAAAUCCCAGUAUGUUAAGGACCAAAAUUGAUCUUUAGUCAUUAAUAUAAUUUAUAUAAAUCCUUUUCGUUCAUCCAAAGAGCAGCGCGCAGAGAUUUUCCUUAAUCAACGGUAGAGAUCCCUUUGACCCUUUCCACUCAAAUUUGUUCUCUCUUUCCACAUCAAUUCCACAGGCGGAAAUGGCGUACCACCACCCGACGCCGCCGUCGCCCGCCAUCGUCGACCACAAGCUUCCCUACCACACGCACAACACCUACGACGUCACCUUCUUCGGCGACUCCGUCUUCACCACCCUCACCUGGGAUCCGUCCAUCGCCUCGCAGUGGAUUUCCGGAGUCGAGGCCGUCUACCGCAGCCAAAUUGACGGCGGCUGCCUCAUUGUCGGCCUCGACGUCGAGUGGCGCCCGUCCUUCCAGCGCCACGUCACCAACCCCGCCGCCACCCUCCAGCUCUGCGUUGGCCGCCGCUGCCUCAUCUUCCAGCUGAUCCGCAGCCCCUCCGUGCCGCCGUCGCUCGUUGCCUUCCUCGCGAACCCUAGGCACACGUUCGUCGGAAUCGGUAUCGAGGCGGAUCUGAAGAAGCUCGAGAAGGACUACCAGUUCGGAUUCAACACCAACACAGUGGAUCUGAGGGAGCUUGCGGCGGAGAGGUACGGGCGGCGCGAUCUCAAGAACUCCGGCGUGAAAAGGCUGGCGGCGCUGGUGCUGGAGAAGGAGGUGGAAAAGCCGAAGAACGUGACGAUGAGCCGCUGGGACAAUCCGUGGCUCACGCCAACGCAGGUGCGCUACGCUUGUGUUGAUGCGUUCGUUUGCUUUGAGAUCGGUAGGGUUUUGAAUGCUUCUUCCCCCUCCACCGCUGGGGGUGUUACUUCUUCUUCUUCUUCUUCCAUCGUUGGGUCAGUUUCGGCUUGGGCUGUUUGACUUCUAGGAGUUAUCGAUAGAUUGAUUUCGAUUCUUCUUUCCAUUUCUUGAGUUGAGAAUGCAGAUUUUAUUUGGAAAUUCAAUAUUUUGGUUUCUCGAAUUACUUUUGCUGAUCUCCCCUUUUAUAAGCGCUAAACCAGUCAGGCUAUUAUACAUCAAAAUUAGUCAAAGUUUGUCAUUAUAAUGAGAUAGUAACAUUUUCACC